AAUGGGUGUCUGAUUUUGUUGAUUAUGGUUGUAUGCCCGAAUUGUUUAGUUCCUAUCCAAUUUAAUCGGUUCUGAAGUCUAAGUUUUUCUUCUCCUUAUAUAAAUAUUUCUAGUGAAGGUAGGUUUAGCAGAGUUUCUAAUGCAUUUGUAGAGGUUAUUCUCGAUGCCCCUGUGAUACAUAGGUUUGCUAGUCUUUGAAUGCUGCCUAAAGUUUGGGUAGCUAGUUUUUGUUCCACCAGAUUGUAUGUAAGGUAUGUCACAAGAGGUUAAAGGGAAAAUAUGGCAUCUGUAAGAUGAUAUAUCUAAUUUUUGCAGAUGUUGUUAAACUAUGAGCGUAUAGGAUUUUUUUAAAAGAUAUAUUUGGCGACAGUUCUAUCUAUAGUUCAGUGUUCCUGUUUUAGAUGGAAAAGAAUCAUUAUUUUAAUGUUUUUUACGUGUUGCCAAAGAGAGCAUUAUUUUUUGAAUGGUUGCCAACAGGUAAGUUUCGUAUUUCAUGAUUCACGGUAUUACCACAGUCUUGUUAUUUACUCAAACAAACACAAUCGUCCUUAAUUGGGAAAUGGAUAAAAUAAGAGGAUGAGUAGUGAAUUUAUCAUUUCACCAUAUAUGUAGCUAACAACCGAUCCUCUGCCAACAGACACAGUGGCGCUGCGUUAAUUUUAGGCGGCAAUCUCAGUUUAAAAAUACAAACGAAUAAUGUUUUAUGGAAUCGUUAUUUUUAUGCAACUGGAGAUUAAAAAAAAGUCCAGUAAUGUAUAUAUUAUAUAAUAGAUACUAUCAUAACGAUAUAUCGCUUGAAAUAGAAAAAUAAAGAAAGAAAUAAUGACACUUGAAGUAGAUAUCAUUAGGUAAACAGAAUGAUGAUAAUGGGCUAAGAAACUUCAGUUUAAAACGACAUCAGUGAUGAGCCAGUUUUCAUUGUUGUCAUUCCGACCCGAAAUGUACGUGCGAUACAGUUAUUCGAGAAAAAUCGCAUCAUUCCGGUUAGAAUCCAGUUAUUAGCCGUCUACUAGGGGCACGGGAUAAAAUGGAUGUUUAAACUCCAAAUACAAUUAAUCUCGAUGAAACCGUUGAAAAACUGAUAUCGAAAUCAUACGGGUGCCUAUCACUAUUCAUCUUGAGAGUUUCGAGCCAGAGAAGUCAGACGCGGCGCGGCAGUCAGAAACUAACAAAUUUAUGAAAGAAGCGAUGGGACGAUAUACUGGGAAAAAAUGCAGGCUUAUAACUAUGCUCUCGAUGACUUCGCUAUUUUUUUUAAUAGAAAUUCUAGUCGGUUAUGGGACAAAUUCUAUGGCUUUAAUCGCUGACAGCUUUCACAUGCUCAACGAUGUCACAGCUCUUGUUAUUACAAUGUUAUCCAUUAAGAUGGCUCCGAAAAAGUGGUCGAAAAAUACAUACGGAUUUGCAAGAGCUGAGGUGUUAGGGGCGCUAAUAAACGCCGUAUUUUUGGCGGCCCUUUGUUUUUCAAUAACUGUAGAAGCGAUUAAAAGAUUUAUUGAAGCUGAAGAAAUAAGUGAACCAAAACUUAUUUUAGUUGUGGGCGCUAUAGGGCUUGUUGUAAAUAUAUUGGGGAUGUGUUUAUUCCAUGAGCAUGGUGGACAUAGUAAUAAUAGCAAAAAGGUAACUUUUUCUAGUGCUGUAAGUAAUUUAGAAGACGAUGAAGCACAGAAUUCUUUUAUUAAAUCAGAAAAUAUAAUGAUGACAACAAACGACAGUAAUAAUCUACGUAGCUCUUCAAAUCUCAACAUGAGAGGCAUAUUUUUGCAUGUUAUGGCCGAUGCGCUAGGAUCAGUUGUAGUUGUCAUAUCAGCCUUAGUUGUUUGGCUAACAGAGUGGGAAUACAAGUUUUACUUAGAUCCAGCAUUGAGCUUAAUGCUAGUUUUUAUUAUUGCACACUCCCUAUGGCCUUUAUUAAGAGAUUCUUCUUUGAUUUUACUUCAAACUGUACCGACAAAUAUGAAGUUAGAAGUGAUACAAGAAAAUCUGGCAAAAGUCGACGGCGUUCUAUCAAUACACGAGUUCCAUCUGUGGCAACUGACAGAUGAGAGAAUUAUAGCAUCAGUACAUAUCAGAUGUCGGGACAUCAGUGAAUUUAUGACGACGGCGCAAAAUGUUACAACAUUUUUUCAUAACGAGGGCGUCCAUUCAGUGACAAUUCAGCCGGAAUUCAAUGAUCUCACGAAGGCUAUGACUCAUGAAACUUCAGUAAAUGAAUGCUUACUGCGAUGUCCUAAUACUGGUGUAUCUUGUACACAAGCAACAUGCUGCGGUCCAGUUACAAGUGAAACAAACGGAGAAGUCAAAUCGUUGACUGUUGUUAGAUAAAAACUGAAAUUUACAAUUC